AUGGCCUGGAAUGUAUUGCAUGGAUGUUCUCAAGGGCUACGUGGCCCACUCGAUGUCCUCGAACAGAAAGUUGAGAUCAUCCGGCCCGAUGGUCAGGCUGCAGCAUGUACAGAAGAGCCCGAGAUAGUGAAGCUGCGGGCUGGAGAUCGCAUGUUUGGCAUGAUGCCAUUGCCUUUCGCGACUUAUCCAGCCAUUGCAAUGCGCUACUCAAGCGUGGACGUGUCAAAAUUGAAGAGAUCCUUGGGAAAGGCUUUGACGGCUGUUCCCAUGAUGGCCGGAAGACUUCGCAGCACUGAAGACGGAUACGAGGUAGUUUUGAAUGGUGAAGGUGUUCCUUUCUCCAUUGUUCAAAGCUCAGAAAAGGUUGCCCCAGACUUUGUCGAAGAGUUCAGGCUCCCAGACUUCGCAAUUUACUGCCGACCCCCAGCGGUUCGGGCCGGUCGUGAACCGUUGAUGACCGUGAAGCUGACCCUUUUCCAGGAUGGAAGCGGAAUAUUGGCUUUCUGUCGCUCACACAUGCUGUUGGACGGAAGUUCCGCCUGGACGUUUCUGUCCUUUUGGGCAAGCCUUGCACGGGGAGAUACAGCAACAGCACCAUGCACGAGUAGGGAGAAAAUGGAGGAGCUUAUCCCUGAUGAAAGCAGAACGCAGGAACUCGCCCAGAAAGAGAUCGGCAAGCAGCUGACCAACUCUUGGUUCAUGGGCCUGGUUGGGAUUCUGGUGCCAGUGCUUGCGCCUGUCGUCGACACCCUCUUUCUGCACACCAGACUGGGCUUGAACAGGCACCGAGUUUAUUUCUCGGAGGAGGAGCUGGCAGUUAUCAAGGAUGAGGCCACGCCGACCGAAGUACAGCCGGGUCAGGACAAGUGGGUCACGACGCAGGAGGCAUUCUGCGCAUACCUUUUGAUGACUUUGGGCAAGCACAUUCUUCCUGCAGAUGCAAAAGGCGUGGUUCAGAUGAUGUUCUUGCUGGACGUGAGAAAGGCGCUGGGGCUUCCAGCAAACCAACUAAUGGGCGGUGGCCUGACUUUCACAAGCGUCCUCAUAUCGGACCUGAAGCUUCGGACGCUCCCGGAACUUGCCAGUCAGUUGCAUGAGUGCCUCUCCAAACAUGAAGGCUCACUAGAGGCACAGAAGGCACGCUGGCAACUACUGAAUGGUGCCUGUGAGAAAAAGAUGGAACACACCCUCAUGCAGGAAAUCCACAACAAGACUGUUGACAUGAAGCUGGCAGUCAACAACUCAUCUAAACGUCCUCUUUUGGACUUCGGUUCGGGCCCAGCAGAAAGUGUUGUUUCUGAUGCAGGACCCAGCCUUCUUGUUCCAGCCAAGGGCGGUGGACUUUUCCUGUAUCUCGACCCGAACGUCUUCUCAAGUGCCAAGUGCUCCUCCAAGGAGAAGCGUAGCCAGGCGCUCGAAGCCCUUCGGGCAGAUCUCCCGCAGAGGGGCACCAAGAGGAAAGUUCAUGGCUGA